AUGGGCCUCCUCAGCUCGGUUUUCGGUCUGAGCCUAUUCGCCGCCCUUGCGGCCAUUCUGGUUCCCUGGGGAUCCCACCUCAUCAGAAUUGGCGGUCCCUUUCUGACUCCCAAUCCCACUGUGCUGGCUGAAGGCCACGGCCCGAUCUUCAUUGAGGAUACCAUCCAUUGCGAGGAUGUGCACCACUACCGUCCUGCGAACCUGCUCUUUGCUGCAUGCGAGGACUCUAAGAGCACGCGGUUUGAUUGGUUUCCUCCGCUGGGACACUUGACCCCUCAGCCUGAGGCGCGGGGCUCAAUUCAUGUCGUGAAUCCGAAGACUCUGAAAUCUUCCCGUCUGGAAUUUGAGAACUUCGAGGGAUCCUUCGUUACCCAUGGAAUCGACGUUAUCGAGGACCCCAAGCAGGCCGAUGCUGUCUACAUUUUCGCCGUGAACCACCUGCCGAACCCGGACCACUGGCUGGAGGGCGCCCAGGAUACCCCCAAGGCCCGCUCGCAGAUCGAACUGUUCCACCAUGUGUUGAAGUCCAAGACAAUCCAGCAUGUGCGUUCUAUCCAGCACCCGCUGAUCGAGACCCCCAACGACGUCUACGCCGACAGUCCCAACUCGGUCUACAUCACCAAUGACCACUUCUACCGCGAAGGUCCCAUGCGCCUCGUCGAGGAUCUUUGGCCCUCUGCCAAGUGGUCCACCGUGGUUCACGUCCAGAUCACGGACCUAAAAGCAAAGGACUCUGCGGGACUGGAUGCCUCUGUCGCACACUCCGGUCUGUGGAACAACAACGGCCUCGGCCACGGUCGCACCGACGACGAGAUCGUGAUUUCUAGUGCCAUUGGUGGCGAGCUCUAUGUUUCCAAGCGCCAUGCCAACAACACUAUUUCGAUCAAGUCGACUAUUCCCUUCGAUACCGUCACCGACAACCCUAGCUACUAUGCGGAUCCCUACCGCACCGAUGCUCAUGAUGCGAGCGGCUACGUCGUCGCCGGUGUCUCGCAGGGUAUCUAUCUUGCAAAGACUGCCAGGGACCCCGACGCUACUGAUCCGUGUCAGGUCUGGUAUGCUCGCCCGACGGCUGGUGGCUGGGAGAAGAAGCUCUUGUUCGAGGAUGAUGGUUCGCGCAUUCGAUCAGCUAGCGCAGCGGUCUUGGUACCCAUUGAACCUAAAAUGGGACAGAAGAAGGCCUGGUUGUUUGUGACUGGCUUCUUAUCGGAGAAGAUGAUUGCCGUCAAGGUAGAUCUGUAG